GCAUCGGAUUUUUCCUCAAAUGGCGUCGCGUUUGAGGAACACCAGCAGGUAUUCUCCCCGCCCCCGCUCCCUCCUGAACCCUAACCCUCCCAAAACCCUAACCCUCCUCCAAAACCCUAACCUUAGCUCAGAGAACCUAGACGAGAUCGUCUCCGACCUCGAGCGCGGAAUUCCCAAUCCUCUCCUCCAUUCCCCUUCCAAUCUCCCCCCCUCGGUCGUCCUCGACGUCCUUUCCAAAUGCAGCCGAAGAAGCCCGGCAUUAGGCCAGAGAUUCGUCGAUCUCUUGGCCCGGAGAUCCGAUCUCAGGCUCUCCUCGGAGUCUCUCAGUGCGAUGAUCCAUAUUUGUAUCCGGAACCAGAGGACAUCCGACGCCCAGUCCCUGAUACUCCGGAUGGUCCGGCGGAGGGGCACCUCGAGGUCGGAGAUUGUUGAUGCUUUGCGCUCCACCUACGGUGGUUUCGGCUCGAAUCCAUCUGUGUUCGACCUCUUAAUCCGCACUUACGUGCAGGCGAGGAAGCUAAGGGAGGCCUCGGAGGCGUUCCGGGUCUUGCAUGCGAGGAAGCAAUCCGUCCCGGUCAAUGCAUGCAAUAGCCUCCUUGCCGGCUUGGUUCGGGUGGGUUGGGUCGACAUGGCGUUUGAGAUCUAUAAAGAGGUCGUCGGAAUGGGGACCGAACUGAAUGUCUACACUUUGAAUAUCAUGGUGAACGCCUUCUGCAAGGAUGGGAGGUCUGACGAUGCCGCCUUGUUCUUGUCAGAUAUGGAGAAAAAGGGAAUUUUUGCGGAUAUUGUGACCUACAAUACUUUGAUCGAUGCAUGGUGUCGCAAUGGGCGUCUGGAAGAAGCCUUGGAGUUGCUGAAUUCAAUGGUUGGAAAGGGAUUGAAGCCUGAUGUUCGGACUUAUAAUGCUGUUCUGAAUGGGUUCUGUAAGAAUGGGAAGUACAAGAGAGCGCAGGAGUUGCUUGGAGAAAUGGUGGCCAGUGGAUUGGUGCUGAAUGCCUCUACUUUUAACAUUUUUCUGGGUAGGUUUUGUAAAGAAGGGAAUGUGAAGGAAGCAGUAAGGUUUUAUAAUGAAAUGUUGCAUCGUGGGCUUGUUCCUGAUAUGGUUAGCUUUAGCUCUAUGAUGGGCUUGUUUGCUAAGAAAGGGGAUAUGAAUAGGGCACUAGAGUAUUUUAAAGAGAUGAAGACAGCUGGCUUGGUUCCAGAUAAUGUGAUUUAUACUAUGCUUAUUAGUGGUUUUUGCAAGAUUGGUUUAAUCUCUAAGGCUUUGAAGAUGCGGGAUGAGAUGGUAGAUCAUGGUUGCAUGCCAGAUGUGGUCACUUACAAUACGAUUUUGAAUGGGAUGUGUAAAGAGCAGAGGCUACCGGAGGCAGAUGAGCUGUUCAGUGAAAUGAUGGAAAGAGGGGUUUCCCCUGAUUAUUGCAGUUUUACAACUCUUAUACAUGGAUACUGUAAAAAUGGGUGCAUAGAGAAAGCUUUGAAUUUGUUUGAUACGAUGCUGGAGAGGAAUUUGAAACCAGAUAUUGUUACUUACAAUACUUUGUUUGAUGGUUUCUGCAAAGAAGGGGAUGUGGAGAAGGCUAAUGAGUUGUGGGAUGAUAUGUGCAAUAGAGAAAUUUUGCCCAAUCACAUUACUUAUAGCAUUCUAAUAGACUACCAUUGUAGUAAGGGGCAAAUUGAAAAAGCUUUUGGGUUUUGGGAUGAAAUGACGGAAAAAAGAAUUUUGCCUAAUAUUGUGACUUAUAACUCAAUUAUCAAAGGUUACUGUCGGUUGGGCAAUGCAUCAAAAGCUGAAGAGUUUUUACAAAGGAUGAUUCAAGAAAGGAUCUUUCCUGAUAGGAUAACAUACAACACUCUCAUUCACGGGUUUGUGAAAGAAGAAAGGAUGCAGGAGGCUUUUGGUUUGCUUAACAAGAUGGAUGAUGAAGGGGUGCUACCUGAUGUGAUCACAUACAAUGUGAUCAUAAGUGGUUUUUGUGAACAAGGGAAGAUGCAAGAAGCUGAUUGGGUCUUCAAGAGAAUGACCAACAGAGGAAUUCAACCUGAUAAAUCUACAUAUACAACAUUAAUAAAUGGCUUUGUGGCCGCUGAUAAUUUGAAGGAUGCAUUUCGGCUUCAUGAUGAAAUGCUGCAGAGAGGAUUUGUGCCUGAUGAUAAGUUCUGAUAUUCUUUUAUGCAUUUUCAUCAAGAUUUGAGAUGGAAUUGCAGGCUGACUUUUUCCCAAUAUCAUGACUUAAGAUUCACUUAAGGUUAUGGAAAGUCUGUGUGAAG